UCAAAAUAACUGCUGCAGCAGUUUGACAGCAGUGCCAACGAAGUGCUUUGUUUUUCUCCCAAAAACGGUCUUUUUUGUUGUUGCUCUCCCAAAAACUCUUUCGUUCGCACCUCUUAUUUUAAUUUGUCCCUUUUCCCUCCCGAGAGUGCCAUUCCGGCGGCACAAAAACACGCACGAUGGUACCGCACAUCGUGUACUGCAUCAUAUUCGUGAUGCUGUUCUUUUUUACGAUUUUCCCUACGUCGGAAAUGGAAUCGGUCGGGCUGACUGUGAAUCAGCUGUGCACACACUACCUGGCGGCCGAAACCGAUUUCGUGCUGUACCAUCUGAAGGCGACUAGCGUGAAGCUGCUGAUCCACUCAGCGAUGCCGUUCGGGUACGUCAUCUUCAUAUGGUUGAUGGCGUGGAUGAAUCCGGACGAGCUCGUAAUGCAGCAGAAUGCAUCCUCGUACGCCGAGACUGCCUGGGCAGCGUUCUGUACCGGCUCCGGUACGUUGCUGCUCGUAGCCAUGCUUACCGUGUUCUACUGGGCAAUGGACGGUUGGAGCCAUCAUCCGAUCGCGAAACAGCUGCACCUUUUGACGACCCCCGACCUACCGGACUGGCGGUCCGUCGCCACCAACAUUAACGACGAGUAUCGGCGGGAUACCAAAAUCUCCAUACGCUCAAACGCCAUCUCAACACUGGUGGUGACGGAAAGUUGGAUCAUUAAAACAAACAUGUACGUGCACAACAUCGUCCCGCAGAGUGAGGCGCAGUUGUGCGCGUACAAGAUCGACAGAAAGGAAGUGAUCACCGAUACGCUCGAAUCGGCCGAGUUCGUAAACAUCCUAGUCAAGCCUCAGGUGAGCCGGGUCCGGCCGUUCAUCAUUCGCAUCAACAUCAGCCACAUCAAGGAGCUGCGCGAUCGCCUGAAUCGCCCCAUGCUGGUGAUGCCCUCGGUGCAGUUUCGUUCGCUCACCGAACGGUUUGUGGAAGCGUUCAAGGAGGAGGUGGCGCAAAAUCCGACCAUAGCCAGCACGUUCGUUCCGGAGGACGGUGAUUGUUGUCUCGCGUGCCUGCAGGCUCAGCCAGACGUGAAGAUUGUCAAGUACUGCCUGGACGAGAGCGUGACCGGUGCGCCACUGCCCGAUUCGGAACGCUGCCAACCGUGCGGUUGUCGGCCGUUGUGGUGUGUCGGUUGUUUGGCGACCUGGUUCGCGUCGCAACAGCGACGAGUCGAUCGCGAUACGUGGCUGAGCAAGAAAACGACCUGCCCGAUGUGCCGGGCUCGGUUUUGUGUGCGUGACGUAUGCUACCUCGAGAACCGUGUGCCGGCGCAACAAACCGAAGAAUAAAUAUUCGUCCUGCCAGAAGUAAA